AUGCGGAAAAAUAUGUAAACAAACGGUCUAUGACACAAACCGAGUGUUGGUGCUCAAAACAAGGAGGAUGAGCAUGAUAACGGGUGCAUGAUAAACUUUUGUGAUGGAAAAAGUUAUUAUUUAGAUGUCCAGGGAGGUGGUAAAACUAAAUAUUUCCGGUAAAAAGAUGGAAGACGAAGAGCGGCGAGAGCUGAAGGGGAACCCGGACUGGAUGUCGCGUCUUCCCGCGGAGCUGCUGGAUGUCCCGCUGUGGAACUUGGCCAUACCCGGGAGCCAUGACAGCAUGUCUUUCUGCCUGGAUGUCUCCUCUCCUGUCCUGAAAUCAGAGCCCUGCAUCCUCAGAGUGAUUGACAAGCUGUUUCCUUGCUGGACUAGACCCUGUGUCUCCCGCUGGGCCACCACACAGCAAUCGGUCCUCAGUGAUCAGUGUGAUCUUGGUGUUCGUUUCUUGGACCUGCGGAUCGUCAGGAAACCAGCAGCAGGCAACACACUGUUCUUCGCUCACGGAAUCUACACACUGAUGACUCUGAAGGAGGCUCUGGAUGAACUGGCUACCUGGCUGGACGAUCAUCCGAAAGAGAUUGUAAUCGUUUCCUGCUCGCACUUCGAAUCGAUGACCGAUGAAGAUCAUUUUCACCUCGUAGAGUACAUCAUCACCCUGUUCGCAAAGAAACUCUGCUCCUCCCAGGACAUUCCCACUCUGCGCUCCUGUUGGUCCAGAGGUCAGCAGGUCAUUGUUUCCUAUGGCAACCAGCAGAUGGUGCUGCAGCACCCUGAGCUGUGGAUGGAGAUACCUUACUGGUACGGCGACAGCCCCGACCCCAAGAAGGUGAUUGCCUACCUGGAGCAGCAGAAGCACCAAGGAAGACCAGCUGGUUUUUACGCCAGCGGUCUGAACCUGACAGAGGACGCUCCUUACGUGCUCCUUCAUCCCCUCCAGGACAUGAGGAAGAUGACGAUGAGUGCUCUCUCGCUGCUGCUCUGCUGGGCGAGCGAGCAGCGUCCAGGCUGUGCGGCGUGCGACGUCAACAUCCUCUGCUGCGACUUUGUGGAUGUCCGUCAAUUCUGCUCGCUGGUGAUUGGCCUGAACUAUAAACUGCUGGCUGUCCCUCGUCCUGUCUGCAGGACGCCGUGAGCUUCUCCUCAGAUGGUUCUGGCUGCUGCAACCGGACUGGAGAGCCAACUUAGAAAAACAAAUCUGAGAAGUUUUUUCUCUUUAUGUGCCAAUUAAUAUUAAUUUUUCCUCAAAAUAUGUCUGAUCCUGUUAAUACUGGAUGUCAGAUUUAAAUGUAAAUGCACUCUUAUCUCCUGUACAUGACACUAAUCAUCUUUUUUAUUAUUUUAUUUUUUAUUUUCACAU